UCGAUAAUUUGGUGCAAUCAGUCAACGGAAAUAAUGAAGAAACGAACUAUUUGAAAUCAAAAUUAGUAUACUAUUUGGAAAGAUAUGAUAUAAUUUUGAAUCCCGAUGUUUGCAAAACCGUAAUUAAAUAUGACAAUGGUGACGAAGAUGAAAGUGUAACUGGUUCAAAUGGUCGUUUUAUUCGAAACGAGCAUAAUCAAAUAAAUGAUCCUGGUAGUCUUGGGCAUAAAUCAGAUUUGGUUGCUGAAAUUGGGGCAGCGUACAUUCCACAGAAGG